ACGGUCCCUGGGCUCCCGCGAGGACCCGGAUGGAGCCGGACCCACCGGAAGGGCCCAUGGCGGCCAUGGCGCCUGCGGCCCACCAUGGCCAGGCCUGCUCCAGGCCCUGGCCCUUGCUCCUCUUCCUCCUCCUCCUCCUCCUCCUCCUCUGGGGCCCCGACUCGGCCCAGGGGGCCGCAUCCGAGCCGGGAAGAUGGACGGUCACGGCCCACAGCAACCGAUCCGACAACAUCUUCGUCUUCUCGAAAACCAUGUUCAAUGGGACCCGCAUCAUCCUCAGUGCCACUGAGAUCUGCGAGGAGGGGACGACGUUCAAUAUCACGUGGUACCUGCGCAGCUCCCGUUGCCAUGACGAGGUCAACAUUGACGAGCAGAAAGCGGCCGAGUACCUGCGGUUCCCCUCCCUGCAGCAGUCGGAGGAAGGCUCGGGCUUCUUCGUCUUCUUCACCCUCGGACCCAUCAACUGCAGCAGUCUGGGGCACAAGCUCCUGUCGUUUUUCCCACCUUCCCAACUGAAGCAUCCUGAGUUUCUCCACCCCAAGCCCCUCAUCCUGCCGCAGCAGCAGCCGCAGCAGCAGGUGGCCGGCCCGCAGCAGCCCGGGACCCCGGGGCCCGAGCCGGAGCCGCCGGCCCCGAGCGAGGCGCGAGGUGCUCGGGGCGGGAAAGACGAGGCGUCACGCGUGGGCUUGGCGGCGGCAGCCCAGACGUGGGAGGACGGGCCCUACGUCUUCGUGCUGAGGAUCGGCGCCGCCUCCGUCCGCAGCCCUGCCUCUUACUGGGCGGUGACAGUGGACGUCCAGAUGAAGCACCCCCGCCACCUCUACAUCUCGGCCUCGGAGUGGCCCCUCAUGGCGUUCUAUAUGGCCAUGUGCGUGGUGUACGUGUGCUACGCGGCGCUGUGGCUGCUGCUGCUGGCGUGGCACUGGCGCGACCUGCUGCGGAUCCAGCUGUGGGUGGGCGGCGUGGUGCUGCUGGGCAUGGUGGAGAAGGCCGUGGCCUACGCCCAGCUGCAGGCGCUGCAGACCCACGGCACGGCAGUGCCCGCGGCCGUGGUGUUUGCCGAGGUGCUGUGUGCUGUCAAACGGACGCUGGCGCGGGUCCUGGUCAUCAUCGCCAGCCUGGGCUACGGCAUCGUCAAACCCCGGCUGGGCGUCCUGCUGAACCGAGUGGUGGGCGUGGGCCUGCUCUACCUUGCCUUCUCCCUCCUGGAGGGUCUGCUCAGAGUCCAGACGGAGCGGAAUGCCCCCGCCGUGACGCUGGGCUGUGAGGUGGUCUUGGCAUUUGUGGAUUCCUGCAUCGUGUGGUGGAUCCUGGUGAGCCUGGUCCAGACCAUGAAGCUGCUGCGGCUGCGGAGGAACGUGGUGAAGCUGUCGCUCUACCGCCACUUCACCAACACGCUCAUCUUCGCCGUCAUCGCCUCGGUCAUCUUCAUCAUCUGGACCACCAAGACCUUCCGCCUUGCCAAGUGCCAGUCGGACUGGCGGGAACUGUGGAUCGACGAUGCGUUCUGGCGCUUCCUCUUCUCGCUCGUCCUGCUCGUCAUCAUGUUCCUGUGGCGGCCGUCCGCCAACAGCCAGAGGUACGCCUUCAUGCCCCUGGUAGAGGAUGGUAGCGAGGAGGAGGAGGAAGAGGAAGAGGAGCACACAGUGCAUGCAGCCUUUGGAACCAAGAUGAGAAGCAGCAAGAACGAGAUAAACGGGAUCCUGAAGCCGAACCGGGCGGAUGAAGACCUCAAGUGGGUGGAGGAGAAUAUUCCCUCUUCCAUGGCGGACGCCAUGCUCCCUCCCCUCCUGGACUCUGACGAGGAAACCGUCACCACCCAGUUUGAGAUGUCGAAGAUGGAGUGAGGGGACGUGCGUGCGUGUGUGAGAGAUAUGUCCCCAGGGCCCUGCCGGGGAACGAGGCUGUACAUAGUGUAAAUGGUUCAAAGAUUAUUUUAUUAUAACUCAUCUUUUUCUAACGGGGAGGGGCAGUGGGGCCCCGGCCCCCAACCAAUUGAGGGUGUGUCCUCAUUCCCCGCCCCCCAACUGAAGCUGCAGAUGGCCGUGCCCGCUUCCCCUCCGCCCUGGUCUAACUUAUGAGUGUGUCCGGCCCCCAUUAAAGCCGGAUGUAACCGAA